AUGCCAGGCAGCAGGAGUCGCAGCAGGAGUCGAGGGAGAGAUUCGCGGGUGUCAGAAGCCCCCUCUUCCGAGCCACGUACAUCGGAAGCAAGGGAAGAGCGGCGGCGUAAGCGCAGAACAGGAUGGGAUGUUGGCGGGGGGGGCGAGCCAGCGAAUCCAGCAGAUCCAGCGGCAGCGGCUGCCAUUGCAGCAGCUGCGGCUUCCCGAAUUAACUCUGGAGCGAUGUACACCCCGGCAAUGACAGCGGUGGGUAUGGGGAUCUCUGGACGAUCUCCUCAGGCACCUCACCCCUCGAUGUGCCGCAUCUAUGUUGGAUCUUUAGACUACUAUCUGACGGAGCUGGAGAUCAAGUCUGUCUUCCAGGCUUUCGGAACAGUCACCUCCGUGGAUAUGCCUAAGGAAGGGGAUCGCUCCAAAGGCUUCUGCUUCGUCGAAUACGCCUCCCCGGAAGCUGCUCAGAUGGCUCUCAGCACCAUGCACAACUUUGUGCUCAAGGGAAGAACCAUCAAGGUUGGACGUCCAACGGCAGUUGGCGCUGGACAGCCGCAGCAGCUUCUUGCACGACCUCUGGGUGGCUACGAGAUGAAUAUGGGGGGGGGUGCUGCUGCCACGCCCAACAUGUCACUGGUGAGCAGCGCUCAAGCUGGCGCUGCAGCAGCAACGGCCAUUUUGGCAGGACGUGCUGGUCAGACCCCUCAAGGCGACAUGGCCAGCAUCGUGAGCUUGGGUCAGUUGACGCCAGAGAAGCAGCAGGAGGCGCAGCCAGGCAGCAAUCGCAUCUACGUGGGGAACGUUCCCUUCGGCUUUUCUUCCGAAGACUUGAAGAAGAUAUUCGUUUGCUUCGGGUCCAUCCUGACUUGCCAGCUCCUGCCGUCUCAGGAGAAUCCCCAGCAGCACAGGGGAUAUGGCUUCAUUGAGUUCGCUUCGCCAGACGCUGCAAAACUCGCCAUCGACACGAUGAACGGAUUCGAGGUUGUGGGAAAGCAGCUGAAAGUCAACUACGCGACAGCCCUCAGAAGCGCUGCAGUGGCAGGCAGCCUGGGAGUCGGCAUGGGCGCUCAGCUGACUCCCCUAAUGGCUGGAAGCGGCACUCCUGGAUCUAUAGAGGGCAGCGCAGCGCCUGUGAUGCAAGGCGGCACGGGGGCAAACACUGUGCCUCUAGGCUUUCAGCCAGCUCCUCCAGCAUCUCCCUUAGGGCCGCCUUCUGCAGUAGUUCCCCCUGCAGCUGCUCCCUCGCCAUCUCCCGCUGCUGCCGAGCAGCAGCAGCAGCAAACAGGCACUGGAGAGGCGGCAGCUGCGUCCUCUUCCCCGUUCCCAGAAAAGCCGAGUGGGGAGCCUGGCAGCAGCAGUGUCUUGCUGCUGACCAACACGGUUGCUCCAGAGGAGGUCGAUGACGAUCUCAAAGAAGAAAUGAGGGAGGAGUGCCGCCGCUUCGGAGACGUAGAUGCUGUCCAAGUCGAGAUCAUUAAGGGCGACGUUCGCAUCUUUGUGGCAUUCAAGGAGGCGGGAGCAGCGGCUGCAGCUGCGCCACAGCUUCAUGGCAGGUGGUUCGGGGGAAGGCAGAUCAAGGUGCGCUAUUACGAGAAGGCCGCUUAUGAGGCUGGCAACUUUGUGUUGUAA